AUGGUAUCGGAAGAGGAUAUAGCUAGCAAUAUUCGACUUGAGAGCGGUCUGAAAAUCUGGCAAGCUCUUUGGCGGUAUCGCCAACCGGAUGUCUGGUGUUUCACAGCCCCAGUCAAGCCACGACGAGAUGAACUGCCACAGGUGACGUUUCUACGGCGGCCAACUACUACCUCAAUUCCUCAGAGCCAAGGCAUCUAUCUGGGCGAAGAGGAGAAACCUCGUCGAUUAUCAAUAGUUCCGCCACCGAAGCCGCCACGAACUGAUCGAGCCGUUCUGGAUGAGAAGCGUCGUCGUGAACUUGAGAAACAGCGGGAAAAGGAGCGAAAAGAACGAAAUGGGAACGGAAGCACAGCUGUAUUGCUUGAGAAGCCCUCGACAUCGCAACAUCUCGUCCAUGAUCAACUGCCAUCACCCUCUACAAGUGCUCCAUGUAUAGUUCGAAGUGUCAGCGAAUAUAAAACCGGUGAAUCGAUGACUCAGGCUCGAGAUCGAAUAGCCAAGAGCAAUACGACGAAUGCCUUCGACUUGAGUCCUAGUCAGUUUGCCCGUUUCUCAUUUAUUUUGUUUGCUUCAUGUACUAUUUGUAUUCCAGUAUUAUUUACUUUUAUAUGCUUGUCUAUCCCUCACCGUACUUCUCUAAAGAAUUCUAUUUCAGCCUCCGACAACUCGUUACAAGUGCUCGAUGAAGUCGAUUCAGCGUUGAAGUUCACCGAGGAUGGUAACUCGCUGUCCGGCGUUUUCUGCCCCAGUGACGCUCCACUGGUGAAUCUUCAUGAUAUUUGUAGUGGUUGCUCUUUAGAAAACAGUGAGAACGGCUACGAAUCCACCAGCGUUGAGUUGAUCUGCGAUCGCUGUCACAAGCCAAUUUUUCGCGAUCGAUUGCGGCCGAGCGGUUGUCAAUGUAGGGACACCAGUACGUUGCAUGUCGUCUCACGGGAAACGCCACCUGUUGUUCUCACAAGGGCGUCUACUGCCGACGAUACUGCAUCGUCAUCCAGUCAGCAUACAGUAAUUCCAGCUCGUCCCCCACCAAAGCCGUCAGAACUGGCGUCGCAGUAUCAUACAGCGGAAACAGCACGAGCUCAACCCGUUCAUGUUCCUGGUCCGUCAACAUCUUCUAGAAUAGUAGAUGCCACUGGAAGUACGGACGACGAUCUGGAAGACUGCUGCCAACCGGAUCCCAUGGUGGCAACCGUUUUAGAUGUCGCUGUUAUUCGUGCCUUAUUAAUCACUCACUGGCAAGAGCAAGGAAUUUAUUGGGCCAUGCGUUAUUUGUUGAAUCGAUUAGAGCAAAUUCAGGUUUGUUCGCCGUUUUUGUGA